AUGUCUGACAACGGAGAAAUCGAGGUCGAGAACCCUACCGGUAUCAACAUCCUGCCCAAGGAUGUCGCCGAGGAGCAGGGCAGCUGGUCCUACGAGGAGGUCGAAGUCCGCGACAUCUCAUUGACCGACUACAUCCAGAUCCGCUCUCCCGUCUACAUCUCACACUCGGCCGGCCGAUAUGCCGUCAAGCGAUUCAGGAAGGCCCAGUGCCCCAUCAUUGAGCGCCUCACCAACUCGCUCAUGAUGAACGGCCGCAACAACGGAAAGAAGCUCAUGGCUGUCCGCAUUGUUGCCCACGCUUUCGAGAUUAUCCACAUCAUGACCGACCAGAACCCCAUCCAGGUCGCCGUCGACGCCAUUGUCAACUGCGGUCCCCGUGAAGACUCCACACGUAUCGGUUCGGCCGGUACCGUCCGUCGCCAGGCUGUCGAUGUGUCUCCCCUCCGCCGUGUCAACCAGGGUAUCUCGCUCCUCACCAUUGGUGCCCGCGAGGCCUCUUUCCGCAACGUCAAGAGCAUUGCCGAGUGCCUUGCUGAGGAGCUGAUCAACGCUGCCAAGGGAAGCAGCAACUCGUACGCCAUCAAGAAGAAGGAUGAGCUCGAGCGUGUCGCCAAGUCCAACCGAUAA